CUACGUUUCUGUCUUUCUGUCUAAGACCACUACGCAAAAGUUUUUGUUUUUAGUUUUUUCAAUUCAAUUAAUAAUAAAGUUCACAUUUUUGUGCGUUUGUGAAUUACCCUUUUAUCCUCCUUCAUCCACUAGCAACAAUACCUUUUUGUAGUUUUAUAUACCAAAACGAAUUUCAUUUUUCUUCAGCCACCAAAACCUUCAAUGGCUUCCAUGGCUACCCUUUUGUCCAAAACCUCUUUCCCUUCUCACUCUCUCUUCAAAACGUUUGAUACCCAUUUUGCCCCUCCCAUCAGAGUCAACGUAGCAAUUGGCACAAAAGCCAGAACCAAUCAGAGGCUUCGAGUUUCAUCCGGUUUGAUUGAACCGGAUGGUGGAAAAUUGGUGGAGCUUGUGGUGGAAGAAUCAAAGAGAGAUUUGAAAAAGGGCGAAGCUUUAUCAUUGCCAAGGAUAAAGCUUUCAAAGAUUGACGUUGAAUGGGUUCAUGUGCUGAGUGAAGGGUGGGCUACCCCACUUGGUGGUUUCAUGAGAGAAAGAGAGUUCCUCCAAACGCUUCAUUUCAAUUCACUUAGACUCAAUGAUGGGUCUUUUGUGAAUAUGUCUGUUCCUAUUGUUUUGGCUAUUGAUGAUGAUCAGAAACAUCGGAUCGGUGAAUCUACAAAAGUUGCUCUUUUUGAUUCAAAGGGUAACCCUGUUGCUAUUCUGAAAGAUAUCGAAAUUUAUAAGCACCCUAAAGAAGAAAGGAUAGCUCGUACUUGGGGAACAACUGCUCCCGGCCUGCCUUAUGCUGAAGAAACUAUAACUAAUGCUGGAAAUUGGCUGAUUGGUGGUGACCUAGAGGUUAUAGAACCCAUCAAGUAUCAUGAUGGACUUGAUCAUUUUCGUCUGUCCCCUUCAGAACUCCGCGAUGAGUUCACAAGGCGCAGUGCUGAUGCUGUGUUUGCGUUCCAGCUCCGGAAUCCUGUCCACAAUGGCCAUGCUUUGCUAAUGACUGAUACCCGCAAGCGGCUUCUUGAUAUGGGUUACAAGAAUCCAGUCCUUUUGCUUCAUCCACUUGGAGGCUAUACCAAAGCUGAUGAUGUACCGCUUGAUUGGAGGAUGAAACAGCAUGAGAAGGUACUUGAGGAUGGUGUUCUCGAUCCAGAGACAACAGUUGUAUCCAUAUUCCCGUCUCCCAUGCACUAUGCUGGACCAACUGAGGUGCAGUGGCAUGCAAAGGCUAGGAUCAAUGCAGGGGCUAACUUCUACAUUGUCGGUAGAGACCCUGCAGGCAUGGGCCAUCCCGUUGAAAAAAGAGAUCUAUAUGAUGCUGACCAUGGAAAGAAAGUAUUGAGCAUGGCACCUGGACUUGAGCGCUUAAACAUUCUUCCUUUCAGGGUUGCUGCAUAUGACAAGACUCAGGGUAAAAUGGCAUUCUUUGAUCCAUCAAGGCCUCAGGAUUUCGUGUUCAUAUCAGGCACAAAGAUGCGCACACUUGCUAGGAACAAAGAAAGUCCUCCUGAUGGAUUUAUGUGCCCUGGUGGCUGGAAGGUGCUAGUUGACUAUUAUGAUAGUUUAGCACUUUCAAGCAAUGGCAAAGUUCCGGAACCUGUUCCGGUCUAGUGUUGUAUUUUAAUGUAUAAACCUGAUUGGGAGAAACUUUUAAGUUUAUGUAUUCUCCUGCCUAGACACUGAUUUCACCAAGAUCUCAUGGCCUAAUCCCCUAAUAAAGUUUGGGAUGGCUCUUGCAUAGAGACACAUUGCCUCUCUGUAAGUAUGGCUUGUAGUGCUGCCUCUUGCAGUUAUAGUGCCACCUCUCUGUAAUAUAUUUGAUUGUGGUUUGCAAAUGAUUUGGUUUGGUUUGAGUGCUUACAUUCAGUCUAAUUUAUACUAUUACACUGUUUUCA